AUGCCGUCUACUGCCCCCGACUCUCCACAAGACUCUGUCAAAGCGAACCACAAAGGAAACCCCGCGAUUCUUGCAGAUUUUCUCAGUAGACCGGAAGAGAAGAAUUUCCAUGACGUAUGGGAUAUAUAUUGCAGAUUGGAUCGAAGCCAGAAGCCAGAAUUCUGUGCUCGGGUUGUCAUAUAUUUGUCUGCCUCCAAUGGCUCUGUAGACACGAGCCGAGCCAUCUCGAUCCUUCGACAGAUACCCAUGGAUAAAUGGGAUAAGAAGCUGCAAGCUGCUGUUGUGGUAUUACGUCUGCGUUCCGGCGAUGGGACCGCCGCGAUCGACGCAUUCAAUACAGGACUUGCGACAAGGUCCUGCGGAGCAGGAUUCAAAUCUAUCCUGGAAUAUGCUAUUAUCAACAAGGAGUGGCCGACAGCGCUGAAGGUGUGGCUGGACUACACUUCACAUCUCACGAGAAGUAAUGCGGGGACCUCACCUAUGUGCGCUGACGUACCGGUGCUGAAAUUUGUCCCUGACUUAGCUAAACUCUACCUUUCCUUCGAACAUUAUUUGGAAGUCGAAGCAUCUGGACCCGUCAAAGCUAUCAAUCUAUAUGAGAACACACGUCAUGGACUUCGGGCGCUCCGUCGUUGGUUAGCACAGCAAGCUUUGCGGCAGCCAUGUUCGCCUCAACAGGCAAAGACAAUUCUUCAGAUAUGGAACGACGAAAGGCUGUAUAAGAAAUAUCUCUUGCGAAUGCUAAGGCGGUGGAACGAUGGGCUUGAAACCCGAGCUAGCCUCGCAGCACUCCCUGAAAUUUAUCAGCAGUACCGCGCCAUGGACCACGCAAAACCGCCGCAUUCGUUACUGCGGCAAAUGUUCAAAUUUUAUCAUCCUUCGGAUGCGGCCGGCUUGGCGCAAAUAUAUGCCGACUGGCACAAAGCCUGGGGUGAUCUUGACCAGUGGGGCUAUGAGAGGUUUAUGCAAUUUUAUUCCACCACGGGACACGUCCCAGCCGUCAAAGAUCUAUGGGCAAGAUACAGGAAACUCCUACCGGAAGCUGCGAAGACACCCCAAGCUUUUCGAGCUGUGAUGAACGUUUACGCAGAGAUUGGCGAUGUUGAGGGAGCCGAGCGCGAGCUUCGAGUCAUGACGGAGAGGCACGGGGUGAGGCCUGAUAUCAGUACCUGGAACACGCUUCUCAAAUGCUAUUCAAAAACGGACGAUCACGCCCGUGUCUUUCAAUGCUUUGAGGAGAUCAAGAGGUUGGACCAGCCCGAUUCAUCCACCUAUGCACAAGUCAUGACAACGGCGGCCAAGAAAGGAGAUCUUGCAACUACACUAGAUUUCUAUAACCAGUCCCAAAAGGCCGGUGUCAGGAUUUCGAAGGAGAUGGCCAUGGCCUUGGUAAUGGUUUACUGUCACAACGAGCGCUUGGUGGACGCGGAGAAAAUUUGCACCGAGUUUGCCGAGCGCAACGUGACCAGCACAGCCGUCUGGAACCAACUGAUAUACUUCAAUGGCUUGCAAGGCAAACUAAACGAGUGCUACAGUAUUUUGCAGUCGAUGACAAAGUAUGGUGUACAGUGGGAUCACCAAACUCACGAGUAUCUUCUACGGGCUCUAGGCCACGCCAAUCAAGUCCAGCAGGCAUAUCGACUCCUUCAAAAUGCUCGCGGCAACGGCCUCCUACCCGUCGGCUCAGAGCAUUUCGCGGCAGUCAUGACUGGUGCCGUCCGCACAGGUCAACUGGAUCUUGCAGAGGCAGUUACAACGCACAUGCGGUCUGCCGGCUUUUUUGUGCCUUUCAAUGCGCACGUGUCUCUUGUCGAAGCCGCAAUCCGUCAAAAUCCGUCAUCACACAACACGAGAGUAUUGGCUCAAGGUCUCGUAGGGCACCUGAACAACAUGCUCCAACGCACGAGAUUCCCGGUACCAGAGGGAGGCCCAGACGUACUGUCAGGGGAUACUUCACCGGGGCUUGUUGAGUUGAAGAAGCAAACCAAUGAAAUUGGGCGAGCAAUCGCGCUACUCGUGGAAAUAAGGGAAUUCUUGGCCAUUGAGCAGCUGGUGACGGCAUACCUCGACGUAUUUCCCGAAUACAAGGCGGCCAAGUAUUUUCCGCCCGAAAUUGCCUCUGCUUUGAUGCUGGGCUAUCUUAAGGAGGGAAAACAUGACAAAGUUCAUGAUAUGUGGCGGCAUACCCUGGAUGCCGUGCUCGCCAGCGGCAUGACUUCCGGGGGCACCAUCUACCCUGCCAGUCAGUACGAUCUUGCACGGCCGCUCAAUGUCGUUGCCAAGGCGUACCGAGAAGCCAACGACGGUCCAGGGCUUCUCAACACAGUUGAACAACUCACCAAUGUCGGCUUCAAACUUACAAGAGCAAACUGGAACAUGUGCAUCCGCUAUCUCGCCGAAUUGGGCCACUGGGAACGCGCAAUGGACUGGUGUGAGGAUUGGCUCAUGAGCCGCUGGCGAGGAUGGACGCCCGCCGCCACGUCCCUCGAAGAACGGCGCGAAAUGAAAAACACUCGAGUCCUCGCGGCCUCCAGAGCCACCGUCUUCAGCCUCCAAAAGGAAUGGCUCAAACUUCGCAAACUCGCCGCCUGGUCCGGCGACAUAUCUUCCAAGCUCAAAGACAUCGAGUACCGUCACCCCAUGCUCUACCACGCCUUUAUCACCACAGACUACGAGCAUCUUCCCGCCGCGUGGGUCCAUCCCAGGAAGGAGAGCAUGACAAAGGCGAUGAAGAAGAUGCUGAGGCCGCUGACCCAUGAUGAACUGAAAGCAAUGAGGAAGGCUCUCGAAAAGCAGCUGCGGCUGGAAAGGCAAAGAAAGACGCGAAAGGCGGUGCGUCCGCCGUUUCGUGUUGUUCCAGGACAGUCAAGGACGCAUGGCGAGGGUUUGCCAAGAGCCUUCAAGACCGGCGGUUGGAAGAAUUUGGAUGCCGUGUUGAACAAGGGGCUCGCGGCCACCUGA